GCCCGCCAACGAUAUGACGAAACGGGAUUAAUUAAUCAUCGUCAUGAAUAAAUAAGCUUGGAACCCAUGGGCGAGCAGCACGAAGGAAGAUAGAUUUUCCCCAUCGAAAUCUCGUCGCUUCCCCCGGGUUCGAUUCGAGUCUUCUCUCUCGCAGCACAAAGAUGGACGCAAACAGACGCCAAAGUGGAAUCCAGCAAUUGUUGGCUGCAGAGCAAGAGGCUCAGCAAAUAGUAAAUGCUGCUAGGGCUGCAAAAUCGGCAAGGCUUAGGCAAGCAAAAGAGGAGGCUGAGAGGGAAAUAGCUGAAUACCGUGCCCAGAUGGAGGCUGAAUUUCAGAGGAAGGUUGCAGAGAGUAGCGGUGACUCUGGUGCAAAUGUCAAGCGUCUUGAGCAGGAGACAGCGGAAAAAAUCGCACAACUCAAGCAGCAGGCUGCAAGUAUCUCCCCUGAAGUGAUUCAGAUGCUUCUGAGGCAUGUCACCACUGUGAAGAACUAAGGGUUGAUGGCUUGCUGCUAGGCGAUUUGCCAUACAUCUGAUGGCAAACUUGUACUGUUUAUUUUUUGAGAGGGUGGUAAGAAUAACUUCGUCUCUUCUAGCUGUAAUUCCGUGUUCCGAAUAACGGAAUAAACUGCUUCUGUUCAUCAGCAGCCAUGUUUCGUACUUUGAAAACCUCGGUUCCUGUCUGGUAAAUAUUAUCCUUUCAUGUAUCAUUUGAAUAAAAUAAUGGGAGAUUCUUUUUGUUUAUUCUCAAAA